AUGACCGCGCAACCUGCCGUUGGACCGAUCGAGCCCAAGGGCAAGAGCAAGGGAAAGAAGGGCAAAUCAAGCAGAGCAAAGAGCGAGGAAGCUGCAAUCCAACAAGAUGGCGCCCUGAAGCAGUUCGUAGAGACAUCUGGUCACUUCAGUCUUGUUCGGAACUUCCAUCUUGCAGACGCAUUCACCCUGAUGAACGGGUUCUGCGGAGCGCAAUCGCUCUUUGCAUCAGCUCGAUACCUCAUCACUUCUGAUCCCAUUCACGCCUGGCAUGCUCUUUGGUUCCCGGUAUUCGGCGCAAUCUUCGAUCUGCUGGACGGAAAAGUUGCGAGGUGGCGCAAUAGCAGCUCAAUGCUGGGACAAGAGCUGGACAGCUUAGCAGACUCGACGUCCUUCGGAGCUGCGCCUGCCUUUGCCGCCUUUGCCCUUGGCUUGCGCACUCCCUUGGACUCUAUCAUCUUGACCGCCUUUGUGUGCGCCGGCAUCGCUAGACUUGCGAGAUUCAACGUGACAACCGCUUCCAUUCCGCAUGACGCGACGGGCAAAGCUCGGUACUUCGAGGGUUUGCCUAUCCCAUCAUCUCUCAUUCUGGUUGGAGGGAUGGCGAUCUGCAUGCUGGCUGGUCGAGUCGCUCCUGGCGGACUGCCCCUCGUGCUUGCCAAAGAGCGCGGAGUGGGUCAAGACGGAUUCACUUUUUUCGGAGCUCUCAGAGACUUCAUCCCAGGUGCCAACGCUGGCGAUGGUGUUCCACUGGGCACGAUCGGAUACGACGUAUCGGCUCACGUCGCCAAGUCUUUGAUCGAUUUUGGGCUGCCAAGGAGCGCUGCGCUGACCAUCGCUUCAUACUCCAAGGUUGAAGUCCACGUCUUAUCCUUGGUGUGGCUCACCUGGGCCGCACUCUUCAUCAGCAAGACGAUCAGGAUCCCAAAGCCCUGA